AGCACUGAGCGGCUUAGAUACCGUAUAGCUACAGUAGGUGGCGCAUAAUCCUGGCAUACUCCGUAGUGCGCUAGUAUGCGGAUCCGGACGGAGCCAGAAGAGAUUUGCCAGACUCCCGAUUGCGUCACUGAGUUCAGACGAGCAGUCUAGCAGCGGCCAUCUUAUUUCCACCAAAACUUCAGCACUAGAGAAAAACACUGGCUACUCACUUCUCAGCAGGCGAAAUGCUCAUGUCGUGAACAAUGAUGGACCACUAACCUUCAUAUCCAGGCAGCCACUUCCGCUACAGCUCCAAAGAACAGGAAAUCCCAGGGUUCUCUGUGUUUAUCAGAGACAGCAGGGGUUGGCUGUGAUCUUGCCGUUUUGUGCGGAUCUCCAGGGAGUCCCUUGACUCCUCCCGGAGGAGACAUGAAUGCCCAGGGAGAAGCUGGCGCAGGGGGGCUGUUGGCAGCCAGCCCUCAGAGCGAGGCGGUGACCCAUGAGAUGGAGGAACUGUCCCUGCAGCCCAGCCAGAACCUACCACCUCUUAACGAGCGCAAGAACGUCCUUCAGUUGCGGCUGCAGCAGCGACGCACUCGGGAGCAGCUCGUUGACCAGGGCAUCAUGCCACCUCUCAAGAGCCCAGCGGCGUUCCAUGAACAGAUCCGCAGUCUGGAGAGAGCCAGGACAGAGAAUUUCCUAAAGCACAAGAUUCGGAGUCGUCCAGAGAGGGCUGAGCUGGUCCGCAUGCACAUCUUGCAAGAGACGGUGGCGGAGCCAUCACUCCAGGCUACGCAGCUCAAGCUGAAGAGAGCUCGACUGGCUGAUGAUCUCAACGAGAAGAUUGCACAGCGGCCUGGCCCCAUGGAAUUGGUGGAGAAAAACAUCCUGCCUGUGGCAUCUAGUGUCAAAGAGGCUAUCAUUGAUGGCCAGAUGCAUUACCCCAAAACACAGGAGUUUGAUGAGGACAGCUGUGAAGCGUUCUCUCCGGAGCAGCCAGGCAGUCAGGAGUCACAUGGAUCUGUACCUUCACCUGGGGAGUCAAAGGCCAUGGAGGCCUCCUCACCACUACCGAAUAAUUUAAUACAGCACUGCCCUCCUGUCACACAGGUUACAGGAGAUUUUCUCAAGCCUUAUUCCACCAGUGAGCAGGGAGUCAGCCCUCCAGCUCCACAGCCUCAACCAGUCACUACACCUCCCUCCAAAUCAGUGCUUCCUCUUAUCAAGCAAAGUCAGCCUAAGACUGCUGGUGACAAGAGUCGUAGUAAGAAAAACAAGGAGGCCAAACCACGAGUGAAAAAGUUAAAGUAUCAUCAGUACAUUCCCCCAGAUCAGAAACAAGAGCCCAGUGAAGCCCCUAUGGAUUCUGCUUAUGCGCGCUUACUGCAGCAGCAGCAGCUCUUCUUGCAGCUGCAGAUCCUCAGUCAGCAACAGCAACAGCACUACAACUACCAGACCAUUCUGCCGGCUCCCCUCAAGCCUGUGAUUGAGGGGCAGAACAGCAGUGCUACUGUUGCCAUUAACAGCGCCCAAAGUCUUCCUGCCUCCAUUGUGGUGUCUCUGCCUCCAGCUGCACCAGUACGCCCAAAUAACACCCUGUCAAACCGCAAAGCUGGCACACUGCCAGCCAACUUGGAGGAGAUGAAGGUGGCUGAACUAAAAAUGGAAUUAAAGCUGCGUGGGCUGCCUGUGUCUGGAACCAAAACAGACCUGAUUGAGCGGUUAAAGCCUUACCAGGAGAGCUCUGCAUCCAUUCCCAUCACCAAUCCUAACACACAGACCUGCAGCACCUCCAUGGAGGUGUCCAGCUCCACCACAUGCUUGUCACCUGCACAGCAGCCCCUUGAGACCCUGAGCUCCACUCCGCCUGUAUCCCCUAUAUCAGAAGUGCACAAUAAAGAGGACGCUAUGGAGGGUCAGCAGGACACCCAGUGUCAAAGGAGCGGUGGUAGUGGCCAGCAAGCAGCCAUUCCUGAGGAGCAGGACAGGAGGCUGCAUGAGAAAGAGCGUCAGAUUGAGGAGCUGCUAAGGAAGCUGGAACAGGAACAGAGGCUGGUGGAGGAACUGAAGAUGCAGCUAGAGGUGGAGAAGAGGAGUGCACAGAACUCUGUCUCCACAGAAAGUAACAACAGCAUCAAUCAAGCUGCUUCACUGGUCACAGUAAAGACUGAGAACCCAGUUAUGCCGAAUUGCACACUGGCCUCACAUAGCACUCCAUCUCUAGUGAAGCUGGAGAAAAGCCAUGCUGCACCAGUGACAGCCACCCCUUUACCACAGUUCUUCAUCAGUCACCAGGGCAUGUCGCAGGUCAUCGGGCAGCCCCAAACCCUGCUCACCACACAGCACACGGGUACCCAGAUCCUGCUGCCAGUCUCUCUACCCAACAACACCACUACAAUCCAGCUCACUAAUACUAAUGUCAAACUACAGCCAGUCAUCCAAGCAGCUGUCUCUCCUCAAGGCCAAGGACUGAUCCAGACCACUCAGCUGCAUGCUGCCAAAGCAGAGAGCUCCUCGCCACAGCCUGUCAAUCACAACAAUAUAGUGCAGACCCUGCCUGUGUGUAGCUCUGGUGGGUCUCCAUUUCAGUUUGGUGCCAGUGAGAAGCAGGCAGGUCUGGAGAUGCCUCGCUGUUUCAUGAGCAGCUCCCCAGAGAAUACGCUGUCUGUUCAGACUUCCCCAGUCGCGUCCUCUCUCACCAACGGCCCCCUAAAUAAGUCCCCCUCUCAGGUCUCAUCUGCCUUCAUCCUGCCAUCUCCAGCAUUCAGUCAUGCCCCCAAGAGCCGAGAGCCACCUCCCUACGAGGAUGCUGUUAAACAGACACGCAGCCUGCAAGCAGCUGCCAUCACACAGCUUCCAACAGCGACCAGCCAGCAGAUGGAUGAUCUGUUUGAUAUUCUCAUUGAGAGUGGAGAGAUCAUCCCUUUCAGUCAACAGGAGCCUUCUGUGCCUAAGCUGAUGCCAGUCACUGCCAACAUCACCACCUUACCUGUCAACACUGCCCUGUCUCGGCCCCCUGCUCAGGUGCAGGUGGCGCCACCGCCGGCGCUGCUGGUGGAGCCCAUGCCCAGCCUGGCCUCUCUGGCCUCAGACAACCAGCUGGAGGCGCUGCUGGAGGGCACACUUGGGGGUGAGGCUGAGCCAGAGCACAGGACUCUGGGGCUUCUAGAAGAGCUGCAGAACCAGCUGCUGGAGCAACCUCACUCUCCUAUGGACACAUCUGAGUUGAGCUUCAACGAGCCACCUGCGCACUUGUCCUCCUCCUCGUCCUUCAGCCUGCAGGACACGGGCAUGGACAGCAUGGAGUGGCUGGACCUGACCAUGCCAAGGCCCAACGGACCCCUCGACCCACUGGGGAUCGGCUCCGAUUUCCUUGACACACAUGACCUGCAGCUGCACUGGGACUGAGAGCACUAUACACACUCAUUCUCUCUUAUGAGCGUACACACACAAACACACACUCCUGUAAUUGGGCUUUUGCAAAAGAGAGAGAGGAGAGAUUAGUUUAUUCAUAGCAGUGUGUGACUGCACAGGGUUAUGUGCAGGAUUAUGUCUCUCUAACAAAAUCACAGAUUCACUCAGCAGAAGAUGUGAGAUGUUCCCUCUGCUCUUGUGCUGUAGUGCACUGCGGUUUGUGUCAUUCAUCAUUCAGACUAAUGUCCUAAUAUGGCGCUAUGGGAACAAAAGGCCUUCCAUGAGCUACUUCUAGUGCAGGCUAUGUUCUCUUUUUUGGGCCAUCUAAAGUGUGAGCACAUCUUAAACGGCAUGAUUCUAUAUACUAUUCUCUUCAUAGCCAUGUGCCAUUGACUCAGUUGUUCCCUGCACAAUCUAGAAAUACCUUUGUGACCAUUUUAGCCAAUUUUAAUCAGAACAGAAUCCUAUUCCAGAUGUUUUGACUCCACAUAAGGUAGUAAACACGAGUCCGAUCAGUGCACUGACACCAUUAUUCUGUUGAUCCUCAAGAAAAAAAAAAUGGAUUAUGUCACCUUUAAACUCAAGUUCCCCUGUUUACUAGGCACCCUGGGUAAAUCAGUGGGUAGAUAUCUGCAUCUACCAUGUUGAGUCUGACAACAGCUGCUCAGAAAACUGUUCAGUUGUAUCAGACCAUUCUUGUGUGCAAGUAUUUCUUGUUGUGUAUGUGCAGGAGGGUGUGUGUGUGUGAGAAAGUGAGUGUGUCAGGCACUUGACGUCAAUAAGAACAUGUGAGGAAUGUCGCCUGGUGGGUCAGGCCAGUGCUCUAACAACUGCAGAGCUUAUAUGUACCAUACAGUGAAGAUACAACUAUAAUGUGCAAUGCCAAGCGGGAUGGUGUACAUAUUUGUUUGGGGUAUGGAACAACCCUCAGUAAGACACAGUGCUCUUUUAAUGACUUGUCAGACACUAGUCCUGGGGAGUCACAGCCCUUCAGAGAUUUAGAUUUUCUCUCUUCAGACCAAAUUCAGCUCAUGAAGGCCCUGCUAAUUAGCUGGUGAGUUGAAUCAGGUGUUAGAUGCAGUAGAUGCUAAACUCUUCAGUGCUGUUGCACGCUAGGACAGGAGUGUGUCAGCCCUGCUAUAGGAAAUGACAGCUGACACUAAGAGCAGUGGGUGUUCAUGCAGCCUAAAACUAUAACUUAUAUAGACUUCUCGUUCUUCUUAUUUACACAGGGUUUGGUGAAUGUAGACUCCUUGUGCCUCCGAUUUCCUUCUUUUUGAGUUUUCAGAUGCAUCUGGUCCUGGAUGAGCGCAUGGGCUGUGUGUAAAGCUUCACACUGUUAAGGCCAUUUUAACUGUUAGUGGCAGAGGUCCAGGUGACUACAUCUCCUUUUUUUUAAGCCAUUAGUGUUUAAGAUAUUCAUGCUCCAUAUUUUGCUAUCAUUAAGACACUGCAUGUUAAACAUUUUUGGCAGCUUAGUGGCAGUUUAGCAGGAGAGAAAAGAAUACAUUGUGGUUUGUUGAUUUCCUCAGUGCAGUAGUGGUUUCACACACCCAUUCCUUCACAACCUCACCAAUGACCAUUUUUAGACCCUGUAAGGCCCUCCGUUUUGUCUGCACUUUUUGAUGACGUCUCUCUGUCCUUUUGUCUGUGCCACGUUAUUGUCUUUGUGUGUGUGGGUGUGCGCGUGUGUGCAUGUGUGUGUGCUUUGACGUGUCUGUGUUUCACUGUUUGUUAAUGUAUUACUGUGCCGCCAUUCUAAUACUGCUCUGUGCACAGUAAAAAGAGCAAAAAAAAAAAAAAACCACAAAACAAA